CGGAAUCUGGAGGAUCUCGCGCGUUGCCCUCCCUCCAGCAACCCGGGGGUGGGGGGGUUGAUGCUCCUUCGGUUGAACCUUCGGAUUCCUCCAGCUUUUCCGCCCCCUCGUCGUCGCACACGUACGAGAAGACUGGCUUCCCAUCAAUAUCACAGCCACGCGUUUCGUGGAAGGGGGACCCCCUCCUCUCUUCCGAGGGGGGAAAAAGAGAGAGUUUCUUCCCCCUCCCCCUCUGUGAGCGGACUGUAACCGGCGCUAGGUGGUGGUGGAGCAGCAAAAGGAGAACUUCGGGCAGAUCUGCCGUGUGGAAAAAGAUCGGCUUUCCUUGCAAAACUUUUUUUAAAAGCUGCCUUUUCCCUCGCCUUCCGCCGGUCGCAGUUUGUGCUCCACGAUGUAAAAAGAAGCGCAGCUACGGCACCUUUCUAUCGAGACGCGGCCCGUUCCGCCCUUCAGGAUACCCAGAUUGUGAAAAGGAGCUCCCAUUUCCUCCAGUCGUGAUGCUAAUCCGAAAAGUCUUGCUCUUCCUUCAGUGCUGCUGGCCUUCUUUGCUGCUUCACUGGAUGCUCCAUCCUAUGUGGGGCUUCAUUCAGAUUACUCAGGGUGAACUCCAGAAGUCAUGCGCUAAGCCUCUAGUAGAGAAAGCUACAGAUAAUUGCCAGCAUAUCUGCCAAUGCAGACCACCUCCAUUACCGCCACCGCCACCUCCACCGCCACCACCAAGGUUGCUUGGGGCUUCAUCUCCCACCGUUCCUAUUUGCCCUGCUGCAGUGCCCUGGCCAAGUCCAGCUAUAAUCAUUGCCGCAUGCUGUGCCAUACCGGUAUUCCUCUUUCUAGUUUUCAUCAUUUGCUACAAAGCCAUAAAAAGGAAACCUAUGAGAACAGAAGAGAAUGGAACAAGUCAAGCUGAAUAUGCAAUGACAUCCUGUCAAAACAGCAAGACAGUUGAUGCUAACAAUGCAGUGGCGUAAUUUCCGAAACCACCUCUUGAAUAGUAAACAUUAAAAGCACACAUGGAAUAUGCAAGGUGGGUGAAAUGCAGCAUCAAGAGAAGACUUAUGGCCGAGGACUUCAUUUCAGAAAUAGCGCACGCUUCAGAUAUUCUGAGAAGAAAAGCAGGUGACUCCUCUUUGGCUUGCUGAGUGUCACGAAAAGUGGGAUUAUACCGGGGGCUACUCUGAAAAAGGGAUUCACAGAGGCCUACUCACUGCAUGCUUGUUCUUUUGAAAGCAACAUUGCAGUGCCCCUUCUUCUUUCCUCAUCUUUGAUGGACUGUUUAUUUUUUGAAAAUGCUUCAGCGAUCCUUUGAUAAUUAAGAGAGUGAUCUAUUCAAGAUGGUAAAAUACCAUAAUUGGGCUUGCAGAUUCAAGCUUUGCAUUUUUCUGUUUCUCUACAGUCAUUUUAAGACCCACCCUUUAUGAUGAUCAUAUUGUUAAAGUGGAAAAUCUCCAUUCACUGAAAGGGAACAUCCCUCCCUGCCCAGCUGCAUGAUUUCAUGGAAUGUAUCCCCUCCUACACAAUCCGAUGACUAGAUAUAGGUGCCAUUCAGAAUGUCUUACAACAAUUAGCUUUACUGAUGGAAAGAAAAAUGUUACCUAGGAUAACAUUUUUAAAGUGUUUUAAAUAUUGUUAAUCCAUAGACCAGAAACAUUUUGGGCCUUAGUGUUUAAAAAAAUAUAUCUAUAUUUCGGUAUAUCUAUUAUUAUUUUGCAGUUUUGCACAUGUAUAUCCACCACACUAAUCUGUAGACAAGAUCUCUGGAAUGAUCUAAAAAUGUUUGACUCUGGAGGACAAGAAGCUGCAAUGGAAACAACUCCUUGAAGACUUUCCUAUUCCUUGAGUAGCUCCUCCAAAUGAGUGCUAAAUAAAGAAUUUUCUGUUGUAGGGAAAAAGCUGUGAUAGAUCAGUCCCCUUUUUAAUAAGGGGCUGCCAAUAGUGCCAAAAUUGCUCUGUUUUGUAUCACUUUGUGAUAAAGUACCACAAACAGUUUAAAAGCAUAAUCCAACUUUCCAUUGUCACAGUGUCUUGUUAGGCACAGUCACUUUAAUUUGUAAAAGAACGACUGAUGCUAUUACUUGUCCAUACCUUGUUUAAGAACUUAAAAUAUGGUUUCUGUCUUUCCUUUUAUAUGCCUUCAUUUGUCACAGCUGUACCAGCAAAACAAAACAAAAUGAGGUGUCACGAUCUGGCUUCUUGUCUUGCUGUCAAGCUUCAGUGAUAUUCUGUCUUUGUUGAUUCAAGCAGUCUAAAAGAAACUAGCAGUACUGUAGUCUAGAAUCAUGGUUUUGUGUCAGUCCUAAAUUGUAAGAAGCUGGUAUGUUGGCUGAAUGUAGCUAGGAUUGUCUCCAAGUAGAAUUCCAGUGUAUUCCAACCUACAAUCAGUUUUUCAGAAGACCUCUUAAAAGUGAGGGAUGGGGAACAUCUCUGCAUUGAAUUCUGAUACUCCCUCACUUAGACAAAGUCACUGUAUAAUGCUGUCUCAGUUAAAUAUGAAAAAUGAUGGAUAGGUGAGUGAAUGAGUGUAUGCACGAGUGAGUGAGUGAGUGAGUGAGUGAGUGAGUGAGUGAGUGAGUGAGUGAGUGAGUGAGUGAGUGAGUGAAUGAAUGAAUGAAUGAAUGAAUGAAUGAUUUUAGUACCUUUGGCCACUCAACAGUAUACAAUAAUACUUAAAAUCAAUAUAGUUAGUGCUGUUGCAGCAACAAUAACUUGCCUCUUAAUAGCAAUAUAAAAUACUUUUGCAACCAUUUUAGUUAUGUCUGAGCUUGCAUCUGCAAGGCAGUAAGUUACAUAAAAUAAAUAACUUAUUCCUAGGAAUCUUAAAAAGUAGUGGUUGAUUUGUUCUUUAUAUCCCAGUAGAGGAUACAGUACAAAAAAAGCAUGUUCCCAAGGAGUAAGGGUUGCCAGGGUGUCUCACUAGAAAAUUGGUUCCUUAUAAAUCUCAUUUCUAGGAUGGAUAAGGAAAAUUCAUUUAAACAGGACUUGGUGAAAAAAAUCCUAAACAUACCUGUUCGAUAUGAUGGUGAUCAAAAUAUCUUUAUUAUGAUUUCCUGGACCAGGAAAAAAUUAGUACCUUCGUUUUAGAAUACUUUAUAGUUGAUUUGUUAUUACUGUAAUAUUGCUAGAAGGCUGUCAUCAGUCACUGGAGACAUAGUCACUUUUGGCAAAGCAAAAUAGGUGAUAUCAACAUAUAAUAAAAAAGGCACAUGUAUUUGUUAGCUUUGGGCAGGAAAGUCUUCAGUUUCCAAUGAGGCUGCAAAGUCAUUCAUAUAAAAAUUGGAGUCAAGACACACCCUUCUCUAGCUCCACCCGUAGAAGGAAAUAUAUUAGUUAAAGUGCCAUUAGGUCUAUAUGUAAUCUGCAAAAAGGAUUUAGAAUAAUUGCUUUCUGGUCAGUUAUGUUUCCCAUACUAAAAACAGAUGAAAUGAGCAGUACAUCAAUCAGAUAAAUGAUAAAUAAAUAGAAUUGAAAGCUGCUUUAAGCCAAUAAAAACUAUGAAAAGAUUACACAUCAAUCCGCACAAAUAUUUCUCAAUGGGGUGGUAUAAGGCCAUAUGUAGGACAACCUUCUCUGAAUUCAAUCUGCUCAGUCCCCAAGAUUUUAGGACCUGCCAGUUAUGUCUUUAACUCAUUUAAGAGAUACAUAGCAUAAAGUUUGCCUACUCAGGGCUGACUUAACGCAUGGGCCUGAUGUGCACUUGCCCAUGGGCCCCACGAGCAUAGGGGCCCCGUACUAUCUGUGUAUGUUAACCCUUCAAUGCAUCUUUUAUCGUAUAAAUACCACAACAUAUUUAUUACAUUUUACUGCAUUUUAAUUAAUAUUAACAUGAAAAUAUAUGUUUAAUUUUAUCGACAUUUUUAUUCCUGUGAGUAGUUGUCGUAGGGGCCCCAGUACACUGCUUUGUCAGGGGCCAUUAGUGUUGUUAAGACAGCCCUCUGCCUACUGUUGAUAACAUGGGUAUUAUGGUGAAAUUUGUCCAUAGAGUUCCCUUUUAUUGUUGAUAAGGAUUUUUCAAGCAAAAUACAAUUAAUAAGGAGUAAUUUCCACCAUUUUGAAUUGAUUUUAAUACAUUCUGAAGGUAUAGGAUCUGUGGGACUUACCCUGCCUUAUCAAUUUCAUUUUUUAUGGUCAAGAAGUGUGCCUGGGGAGGGGGGAGGGAUUGGUAGUAAGAAGCACAGUGGACUCAAGGAAAUGAUUGUGGUUGUAAAUUGCAAAAAAAGUGGCUCUCUCAAGUUCCAGCAGAGAUUUUACACAAGGGGUUUUCAGAAUACCUUCCUAUAGCUUUGGAAAUAAUAGAUUUGUUUGCCUUUACUCCUAGAAAUAUAUAUAUAAAAAAACUUUUUCGAAGUGGCAUGGCUGGGGAAUCUUCUUACUGCCUGCUGUAGAGCUUUUGUAAAUGUUGCAAACUUGUUAUUUAGAAACCUACAUCUUACUUUCAUCCACUGUUUAUUAUUAUUUUUAAUCUGCCUGGGUUAUAUAAAAAGUUUACUUUACAUUGAGCCAGCACAAUAUUCAUUAAAAAAUAAACAAGAUUAUCAUUAAAAAAAUAAUCUCAGAUAUCCGUCAUUGACAUGAGCAUCUUUUGCAUAACCAUAUAUUCAAGGGAAUCAAGGCCAUAAGUAUUUCAAGAUUCCGUCUUCCUACCUCUUGCAUCAAUUUUGGCUCCUGGAUUGAAUCUUGGUUUUUGUUUUUGGUUCUUUCAGUAUAAUUUUUCUUAGGAUUGUAGUCACUUUUUUUUCCUGGUCAAGAAUAUUCAUCAGUUUCUUUAAAUUUGCCUUGGCAAUUCAUGACCACAAUGCUCCUUCUUAGAAACUCUUUUUUUGCCAUUGUUGUUACAUGAAUUGUGGUUAUUAAGCAAAUCCAGCUUCCCCAUUGACUUUGCUUGUUGGCAGCUGACUGAGAAGGUCACAAAUGGUAGUCAUGUGACACCCCCAAAUACAUGCUGCUUGCCAAGUUCCCAAAAUUUGUUCCUAUGACCACAGAGACGCUGCAAAGAAAAUGCAAGGACUGGUUGUAAGUCACUUUUUUCGCCACCAUUGGAUUUCCAAUGGUUGCUAAACGAAUGGUCUUAAUUUGAGGACUACUAGUGCAAAUAGUCAGAUUUAUUAAUGUACAAAAAUAUCUAAAGUGAUAGGUUAUAUAUCAAGUAUACCUCUCAGUGCAGCACUAAAAUAUGUUUUAAUUACCACAUAGUUUUAUGUAGAGAAACAUUAAAAAAAUGUAAAAUAAAAUAAAAAUGAACAAAAUACUAAAACAUUGGGUUUUAAAUUGUGCAGCUACUUAGAUAUUGGAAUGCUCAAUUAUUAGUGGUAAAAUUGAGACUAGAAUAGCAUGGACGGGUACCGUCUUUCAUUUCUGACCUUCAUAUUUGCUGAUUGAUUCAGCAUUUCUGUAGCUAUUUCGGUUACAUUUGUUAACAAGGCUCUCCAUUCUGUCAAGAAGGACUUUAUUAGAGUCCCAUGCUCGCUCACAGAAGUUCACCGGUUGUUUCUCUUAACAGAUAAGAGAUCGGCAAGAAACCUGAUUUUCAUUCCUGCUAUUCAUCAGGAUGAGCAGGGUCACUAACAGAUUUUGAAGGCUUGUUCCCGUGCUCUCCAUUCACUACACUCACUUGGAGUUGACAGGCAUUUAAGAAGAGAAGUACGUAACCUUUAGCUGGUUUAUACUAUAGUUAAUCUUGCAAGAAAUGUUCCUUUCUUCAAGGACUGGUAUCAAACUAGACCCUAUUAAAUUGCAGGUAGAAUCAUGAGAAGUAGAAGUACAAAGGGAAAAAAUCCAAAAUCACGUGCAUGGCAGCGUGCACACGUGUGCCUACACCCACAAUACAAUGCACCCUACUUCCCCUGUGCAUGCACAUAUAACCCUCUUUGCUUGACCCCCCUGCAACCCGUUUUGGGUCUAGUGGGCCUCCCUGAAGCCUUCUAGGACCAAAAACGGGCUGUGGAGGGCACACUACACACUGCCCCAUUUUGGGCCUAGCAGGCCUCCCUAAAGCCUCCUAGGACCAAAAAUGGGUUGGGGGUGUGCCAUACCCCCUGUGGCCAGUUUUGAGCCUAGCAGGCCUCCCUGAAGCCACCUGAAAUAAAAAAUGGGGCUCCCCCACCUUCCACGCAUGCACACGUGACCCCCCUGCUGCCAUGCAUAUGGACAAGAAUCCUCCCACACGCAUGCACAUGUGACACCCCCCCACAUACGUGUGCAUCUCCUGCAUGCAUGCACAUGCACGGUGGAGCUGAGCUGGGCAACGGCUUGUGUGCUGGCAGAGAGGGUUCCAUGUGGCAUCUGUGGCACACGGGCCAUGGGCUCGCCAUCACGGGCAUAGGCAGUUCUUGCUUAUGUUAAAGAUAAUAUUAGAGGAGUAAUAAACUUACUAGCCAGUUUGAUGCUCCUUCUUUCCUCCUAAUUAAUCUGUUGUGCGAAUUGCAUAACAGAAUCACUUUUAGAGGCUUCUCUGUAGCGUAGCUGUUAGCUGUUCUCCAGACCUCAAUAAAGCAGCCUUAGCCUGAACCUCCUCCACCUAUUUUAUUAAAGUGGCCCUGAAAAAAUACCCCAUGAACAAAAUAGCAGCACCGUGAUUAUAACAGUUUUUUAAAAAUAUUGCAGAACAUGACUGCAGGCUACAAUGUCCCUAAACAUAAGUGAAAAAACAAGAAUAAUAAAAGCUGAACUGUAUCUAGUUCAUUGAAAUAGCCUCCCCAUCAUAUUCUUGCAAGGAGUCCCUUAAGGGUUUAAUAGUUGGCAUUGGUGGCUAUUAGUUACUGGAGGUCCUGCCCAAUCAUUAUAUUUCAAUAUAAACGUCAUUAAGCAAAUAUGUACAUUGUCCAGAAGGAAAAACAUUCUUAGGGAGAAAUCCGUGGAGAAAAUAUAUAAAUUAAGCUACUUAUCUAAGUUUCUUCCCUUCUAAAAAUUAUAGUUAAUAUCAGGGUUGGGCUACAAAAUUUUCAGCAACAGAUUCUCUGCUCGGUUGCUGGGUGGGCAGGGCCAAGUGGCCUCCUUCAUCACGUGGGAGGUGGUGUUUUCGCCUUCCCCAGGCUCCGGAGGUUUUUCUUGAGCCUCUGGGAGGGCAAAAACUCCCUCCCUUGGGCUCCGGAGGUCUUCUGGGAGGCCUGCUUUUCCUCUUCAUGGACCCUGCACUUAUCUCGUAUCCAAAAUGGGCCACAUGGAGACUCCUGGGAGGGACGUGGUGGCAGGGCGUGGUAGGCGGGCCAGCCAGGGGUGGGAUUUGUAGGUUCUUCAAACCAACAAUAAUGUUAGCUAUAGGUUCUCCCAAACCCAGGCAAACCCAUAGCAGCCCACCUCUGGUUAAUAUCUUGUUGAGACUUAAUGAAAAUGGAGCAAUCAAAGUACACUAUUAAGGUUUCUGGGCCUUUCUUUUCCAAUUAGUUUGGCCUAUUGUAAUUGCAACAGUAAAAAUAAUAUAAGUUGGCUUCUUGGAGGCAGAAUUGUUGAGAAUUAAUUGCCAAUUCAAAAAAUAAAGGCUCUUAAAACCAUACUCCACAGUCACUUACAGUAAUUUACUCCCUCCUCAAUCCUACUUUGAAUGUUUCAUGGGGAGAUUUGCGUUCUCUUUCUCAUUCAGAUUUCAAUGUUAUAAUCAGUAGCAAGUAUAUAUUUUUUUCCUAAAAGAGAAUAGACAUGUUUUACAGCAUAAACUUUGAAUGUAUGCAGGGUGCAAUUAUUAUGUUUAUCAGAAGAAUUUUAGUGAACUAGUCAUUUAAUUUCAAGACUGAACAUAAUAGUUCUGUGACAGCAAAAACAAAAAUAAUUCAACUAUCAUUUUUCCCCAUAGGAUUCAAUGCUCUCCUUUAACUUGGAAAAAAAUGCAACCCCUCUGCUCCAUAGUUCAGAUGAUGGGAAGGCUGAGCAAAAAGUAUACCAUGCAUGAAUUAUAUGAACACAGGAUGCGAGUUAUGUUAGUAUAGCCACUAGUCCAUGUACUCUUUCUCAACUGCAGCAGCAGCUUCCUUGCCUUUUCCUCCCCAAGGAUGACCCAGGUCAAAUCCAGAUCAUGCUGCAUGUGUGUCCCCAACUGCAUUGCGAUUGUGUUGCAUUGUUGCUUUCAUUCAUUAAAAGAAUCAGAUUUCCUGUUAAACCUUCACUGAAGUUAAUAGAAAUCUCAUAGCGGAUACCAGUCUUAAUUAUUUGCAUCUGCUACAUCCAUCAGUACUUAAAAUGCUCUGCAAAUCAUUUUCACUCAAAAUACCUUUGGGCUGAACUUCUUGUUAGUCCUUUAUUCUGAAAGCCUUUUGAAUUCUACGUAAGAAUGUAUUUUCAGAGAAAUCUUAAGACAUACUCUCUUUAUUAUAGUCACUGACAAAUCCAAAGUAAAAUCAGAACAGAGAAAACAUUUCGAAGGCAGAUGUAAUUCUCGUUUUAACAAAAGUACACAUAAAUCCAACUUAACCCUAACACUUCAUUAGUUAAUAGUGAAGAACAGUUCAAAAUGCACAAUAAAGUUCAAUGUAAAAAUAUUAAAACGAAAAGAAGAAAAAUGUUUUUGAACUUCAAGCCAAUAGAUAUAUCCAACUUAAGAAAAAUAGAAAAACUGGCUACUAAUAACUGCUCUUAUUUUAAUUGCAAUAGAGAGAAUUUUGACUGCUUGCCAAGCCAAGUUGUCUUUUGCUGAGGGUUUGCUUGUCUUUAUUUAUUUUUUUAGCCUGAGAGCAAUAUAGAAGAUAGAACUGUGUAGAUUUCCCUAAGACUCGAGUGGAGGCUAAAAUAUGGUCUAUUUGUAACUUUUUUUUCUUUCAUUCAACCAUGUCUGAUUCUCAUAGACUGCCUAGACAAGUCCCUUCCGUUUUCUUGGGCAGGUUCUUCAGAAGUGGUUUGCCAUUGCCUCCUUCGUAGGAUUGAGAGAGAUUGGUCCAAGGUCAUCCAUUUAUCUUCCUGUCCAAGGCAACUAGAACUCUCCCAGAUACAUACAUACAUACCAGAGUUUCUACCCGCUUCCACUGAUUUGUGUGAACGGUAGUGGUAAUUUGGCUUGGGUCGCAGAACUAGCAGUGACCCAGGCUGGCCACACCCCCGAACUGGUUCCCCAG